UGCCAGGAGGCAGAGAAACGCUGUGCGCGGCUCGCAUCGUCCGUCAGAGUAAACACAAGCACGAACUCGGGCGAGAGGUAUACCUCGUGCGCUGCCAGUGGCAGGUACUUUUUGACGAGUGUUUAGAUAGGAAAAGACAGGGAAAAGGUGAUCCUCCGAAUCGAAGUGUUUGUGAAGUGACACCAAUUGGGCGAGAACUAAAGGAUGAGCGAAAAGUAAUGGUGCGUGAUGGAUACAUAGAGCAGCGGUGAGAAGAGGGCAUCGUCGGUGAGGGCAUUGUCAAGACGCUUAAUGUGCGCGGUGCGGGCGCGUGGUACGCUCGAGGCGGCCACAAAUGAAGAAGAGGGAAGCCACGACGAGGGUGGUAGAGAGGGAAGAUGUCGAGUGGCUCGGCCUCGACGCUCGUGAACGGUGAGAACAAGAAGGAGAACAUUCAACAGUACAAGUACGGGAAUAGGAAGGAGAACGAGAACGGCGCUGCUGGCAGCACUGGCUCUUCCAUAGUUGUACUCGCUGGUGAUACUAGUAACGCUACUACUACUGUUGUCGCUGCUGGCACUGGUACUACUGCUUCUAGUAUCACUAGUAACGCCGGCAGUGGUAGUGGUAGUAGCAGUGAUAAUGGUGACAGUGGUUGUUCCGCUGGUAGUUGUGGUGACGGUGACAGCGGUAGUAAUAGCGGUGUCUGUGUUACCGGCUUGACCGCCGGGGGCGUCGUCGGCAGCGUGGAGUACCACGACGUAAACUCCGAUUUCAAGACACCGGAGAAUCUCGAGGAAAUACGAGAUCAGAGGGGGACAAACGACGGAACGGACUUGAGUGAAACGGAAUUUCAGGACCCGUACUCGGAGACGUGCAUCGAGACGCCGAUCGUCAAUCUCACCACCAGUACCACUACCAACGCUACUGAUAUCACCACUACCAUCUCCACAAUCAUCGAGCACGACGAUCAAACAGCUACUGCUGCUUCUGCAGCAACUUCUUGUUACGAGGGAGACGAAGAAGAGGAUAACGAGGAGAACGACGACAACAUGGUUGCGGCUAUGAACGAACACUUGUCCACCACGUCGGCCACCAGCGGCGUCCGGAGUAACACGGUGUCGGCGACCAGCACCACUGCUAAUUCCGUUGUCAACCAGAAUAAUAGUUGUUCCCGCAAUGAAUUUCAAAAUGUUGACGAAAACGGUAAAUCAGCUGCCGGAAUACUCAGUUUCCCCUGUGAUUUCGAUCACAUGUAUGCCAGUAUGACAGACGGUGGAGCUCCGGCAGCUGCCACUGCCACCUCUGCCCUCGGUGUCAGUCCUCUUCGAGGUAACGAACCGCGUCAGAAUGAUUUAACGGAGGUGAAACACCUGAAGGAACUGUUGCUUCUUCAUCUCGAUUUAAUCCAACAACAGUCUGAACAAAUCGUUACCAAGGAUAAACUGUUAGCCGCACUUCGACAAGAGAAUGAAACGCUUAAACUACGUUUAGAGCGUAUGGACAGACGUGUGAACUUACAAAAACUGAGGUCGGAAAACACUGAAAAUUCUAUUACAUCUGAGCACAUUGGAGCAUGUUCUCCUCCCAGCAUCAAUUCUGUGAAUGUGCCAUCGACCAGUGAAAUUCAUAGGAACAUUCAGACAGAGAACAAUAAUUCUCAGUACAGUGAAAGCUUUAAAAUACGUUUGAAUACUAGUGGUGGAAUUACUACUGUUAAACAAGAACCAAACGAUAAUCAAGGAAAAUUUGAAACAAAAAUAGAAAGUGGUGGUGAUAUUAGAUUAGAAUGGGAAGAGAAAAAAAAGAGGAGAUCAGACCCGAUACCAUUAUCUAGUGGGAGUAAAAGAAAAAGAGGUGUUUCAUGUUCAUCCACAGUCAGCAAUGACACAUCUUCAACAGUGCAAGAUAAGGUGUUAACUCACGAGACCAGCAGGAAAGGAGACAGGAAGAGCAAGCUAUUGGCAAAAAAAGAAUCUUUCCUUACAACGGAAGAACAUUAUUAUACAGCUGUUGGAGAUCUUAAUUAUACGUUAAGUUUAAAAGAACCUAGUCCAAUGGAAAGUGAUACCUCUUUAGAAGUUCCAAAUUGGAGAGUGAAAAUAUAUACGAGCUGCUACACAAUGGAAGGGACUGAAAAUUUAGAUGACGAAAUUUUUAAUAAGAGGCAUUUAAAAUUGGAAAACGAUGAACGAAGGAGAAAAAGAUGGGAUGUACAAAGGAUAAGAGAGCAAAGGCAUAUCGAAAAAUUGAAGCAAAGACAAGAACGUCAGAAUCAUCAAGCAACAUGUUACAAUACAAAUCAUACAGGACCCUGCCCUUCUGCUGUUGAAGAAGAAGCUAUGUCAUCAUUAUGGCCUGAUAUAGAACAAAUACAGAGUCUUCAAGUGGAUUCUCAGUUACCUGUUACUGCAUUUGGUGCUCCUAUUCCUAGUUUUUCUCCGAGCGAAUUUUCUUUACCUUGGUCAAACAUGCCACGAUCAACUAGUAGACGGCCAAAACGAUCGACAGGUAGAAGAAAAUCUACUAGGAGAUAAACUUUUACGACACCGGACACGACUACCUUUGUCAUAUAAUUUUUAAUCUUUCUUAUAGACUUGCUCCCUUAUACUUCCGUUUUCCUCUUUUCUAACAUCGUAUACAUAUUCUACGUGAAAUAGGGGCACCAAAGAUAUUUUUAUUACCUUUUUUAAAAUAUAAUUCAGGAAAGAUGUCUGUAACUGAUAGGAGUACCUACAGCCUUUUUUUUACUUUCUACAUACU